ACAAUUUCUCACUCUAUUGUUACUAUCAUCAUGACUGUCGACCACGAACAACAAUUAUUCCUUGAAGAAGUUGAAAAAGUAAAGCAAUGGUGGGCUUCACCUCGUUUUGCUAAUGUAAAGCGUCCUUAUACUGCUGAAGCCAUUGUCUCUAAGCGUGGUUAUUUCCCUAUUCCUUACCGAUCUGACAUCCAAGCCAAAAAAGUAUGGAAAUUACUUCAGAACCAUAAAGCACAAGGCACUACAUCCCAUACGUUUGGUGCAUUGGAUCCUGUCCAAGUGACUCAGAUGGCCCCUCAUCUUGAAACUGUCUAUGUCUCUGGUUGGCAAUGUUCUUCUACUGCCUCUACUUCCAACGAGCCUGGUCCUGAUCUUGCUGAUUAUCCUAUGGAUACUGUGCCUAACAAGGUAGAACACUUGUUCUUUGCUCAAUUGUUCCAUGACCGUAAACAACGUGAGGCUCGCUUGGCCAUGACACCUGAAGAACGUGCCAAGACACCUCCUAUUGAUUAUUUGCGUCCUAUCAUUGCAGAUGGUGAUACGGGUCAUGGUGGUAUUACGGCUGUCAUGAAACUGGCUAAAAUGUUUGUUGAGCGUGGUGCUGCUGGUAUGCAUGUCGAGGAUCAAUCCCCUUCAACCAAGAAAUGUGGCCAUAUGGCUGGUAAGGUGUUGGUGCCUAUUGGAGAACACAUCAAUCGUUUAGUGGCCAUUCGUGUUCAAUACGAUAUUAUGGGUGUAGAAAACUUGAUUGUGGCUCGCUCUGAUGCUGAAGCAGCCACGUUGAUCACAUCCAACAUUGAUCCCCGUGACCAUGAAUUCAUUGUCGGUACCACGAAUCCUAACCUGGGUCCUUUAGCCACUCUCAUGAAUGAAGCUGAAGCUGCUGGUAAGACAGGUGCUGCUCUUCAAGCCAUUGAAGAUGAAUGGAUUGCUCAAGCAGGUCUGAAGCGCUAUGGUACAGCUGUGGCUGAUGAACUCAUCAAGGCAGGCAAGAAAGCAGAAGCAGAAGCCUUCUUGAACAAGAUCCAUUACAAGUCCAAUGCUCAAGCACGUCAAAUUGCUAAACAAGACUAUGGCAUUGAUCUCUUCUGGGACUGGGAUCUUCCUCGUGUGCGUGAAGGUCUGUAUCGUUAUGAAGGUGGUACUGAAGCUGCUACUUCCCGUGCUGUUGCCUUUGCUCCUUUUGCUGAUAUGUUGUGGAUGGAAACAAAGAAACCUAUUCUUUCUCAAGCCAAACAAUUCUCUGAAGGUGUCUUGUCUGUUUAUCCUAAGGCUCUCUUAUGUUAUAACUUGUCUCCUUCCUUUAAUUGGGAUGCUGCUGGCUUGAAUGAUAACUCGAUGCAAUCUUAUAUUCAUGAUUUAGCUAAACUUGGUUUUGUCUGGCAAUUUAUUACUUUGGGUGGUCUUCAUGCUAAUGCUUUGGCUACUGCUACUUUUGCCAAAGCCUAUAAGGAAUUCGGUAUGCUUGGUUAUGUCAGUCAAGUCCAACGUAAAGAACGUGAACAUGGUGUAGAUGUAUUGCAACAUCAGAAAUGGUCUGGUGCUAACUAUGUUGAUGAAUUAAUCAAGGUAGUUACAGGUGGUGUUGCUGCUACUGCUGCUAUGGGUAAAGGUGUGACUGAAGAUCAAUUUAAAUCAUAAACAUGUUGUGUAUAGAAUCAUUUCUUGAUGAAAUGAAAAAUAAAUAUUCGGAUAAACAUUUCUUUUCUUUUUUCACAUGUAACCUAGGUUACCGGAAAGACGUUUGAUUGGCUCAUCAUAUGAGAAUCAAGAUCACGUAAAUUUAUUUAUUCGUUAUGAAUCACAUCACCCAUUACAAUGUACCUAUUUUUUCAUAAUCAUCAAUUGACUGAAUUGUAAUUAUUAUCCAAUUUACCCUUUAUCAGCAACAACACUGCGGUGAUUAUAAAACACAUUGUAUUUCAAUACCCAACGAGGCUUGACAUGCUUAUGGAUAUUGUAUUUGUUCAGCACACUGGAUAAUCCUGCUGUGGUCAAGAUAUCUACGAUACAGAUGAAUGUUAUUUUAUUUUGUUUUUUGGAUUUCAAUCUCCAUACCUGUAGUGUCACUAUUAAAAGUG